UGUUUAAUUCAGCGCAGCACUUACAUUUUAUUGUAACAGCGCGCAAACUUGUGCAGCGCUGUUCGCGCCCACAUCUGCGUCUCAUAGCAUCGCUCAGCCCAGGCAGCAAACGUUGUCCUUCGUAAAUUGUGAAAUUACAUCUCGGAGGAAAGGGAGGAGAAAUAAUUCGGCUUCCCUAAAUUCACCUGUGCUGCCGCCUCCUGGAUGGUGUAGUAUACGCGCUCUCUCGCCCAUAUAUGAGACUCACCCAAAGCGGGAGAGCAGCGUGCAGCCGAACGGGAUGGAGAGGAGUACGAUGCCAACGUUCAGUGCCCUCUUUCUGCUCGGGGUCUUACUGACGGGGACGCGAGCCACGGAGAGAAGCCCAGGAACGGGAAUGCUUGGGGAAAGGGAAAACGGCGUGGAGAGCCUGUGCGAGGUUAAAACAGUGACCGUGUCUACCCUGCCCGUUCUGCGGGAAAAUGAGUUCAGUUUUACCGGUGGAGGUUCGGGGAGUGUGGCUGGUGGUGGAGGUGGAGGAGGAGGAGGUGGCGACGGUGGUACUGGCGGCGGCGGCGGCGGCGGGGGAGGAGGGGAGUCUCAGCUCCUGCUCUUCGUCAGGACAGACGUACCUGGAAGAAUAUCUGUUUUGGAUGACCUCGACAACACCGCUCUGCCGUACUUCACGCUUGAGAUGUCCGGCACCGGGGCGGAGAUCUCCCUGGUGCACUGGAAGCAGCAGUGGCUGGAGAACGGGACGUUGUACUUCCACGUGUCCCUGAGCAGCGCUGAGCAGCUGUCCCACACCACCCCGCCACCCGCCCAGGAGCCCGCUCAUGUGCUGCACGAGCACGUGCACCUGCUGCACAUCUCCGUCAUGGGAGGCCUGAUUGCGCUGCUCCUCCUCAUCCUCCUCUUCGCGGUGGUGCUGUUCGCGCGCCGGCGGUGGUGCCGGCGCAGACGGGCUCCGCAGAAGAGCGCCAGCACGGAGGCCACGCACGAGAUCCACUACAUCCCGUCCGUCCUGCUGGGCCCGCAGGGCCGGGACAGCUUCCGCAGCGGCCGGCUGCAGCCGCACGGGGCCGCCAUCGGCAUGCCCAUCCGCGAGACGCCCAUCCUCGACAACUACGAGUGCGAGGAGGAGGAGGAGGACGAAGAGGAGGAGAGCGAGCGGCUGGAGAAGACCCCCGAGCUGGGGAGGCCGGGCGGCCGGGAGAACAGCCCCGGCCCGGAGACCCAGAGAGCCCUCGACUCCAAGCAGGAGACGGUGGAGGCGCUGAUGCUGAAGUUCAAGGAGAGCUUCCGCUCCAACACGCCCGUCGACAUCGCCCAUCUGCAGCAGGUCACACACAGCUCGUCCACCGGCAGGAAGAGACGACGCAGCCUCUCCAGAGGCGGUGGGGUGUUCGGUCACCCGGGAGAUUCGGGCUCGGAGGCGGACGAUGAGACGCAGAUGAAGUUUUACACAGAGCAACACAGGGGCCGGCGUCGCAGCAAAGGUUCCCCCCGCAGCCCGGUGAACAAGCCCACCCUGACCCUGAUCACCAUCAGCACCUGCGUCCUGGCCGUGGUGUACAGCAGCCAGGUGUCCUGCCCCCUCACCGUGAGGGUCACUCUGCACGUGCCUGAGCACUUCAUCGCCGACGGGAGCAGUUUCGUGGUGAGCAUGGGCAGCUACCUGGACGUGUCGGACUGGCUGAACCCCGCCAAGCUGACCCUGUACUACCAGACCAACUCCACGUCCCAGUGGGUGCGGGACUACUGCGGGCAGAGGACCACGGACCCCUGUGAGCAGCUGUGUGACCAGGACACAGGUGAAUGCAGCUGUCACGAGGGCUACUCCCCCGACCCUCUCCACAAGCACCUCUGUGUCCGCAGCGACUGGGGCCGCAACGAAGGUCCCUGGCCGUACGCCAACCUGGAGAAGGGCUACGACUUGGUCACCGGGCAACAAGCGCCAGAAAAAAUAUUCAGGACCACGUACAGCCUGGGGCAGGGUCUGUGGCUGCCAGUCAGCAAGAGUUUUGUGGUGCCCCCAAUGGAGCUGUCAAUCAACCCGCUGGCCAGCUGCAAGACGGACGUCCUGGUCACCGAGGAUCCCGGGGACAUCAGGGAGGAGUCCAUCAUGUCCACGUACUUCGAGACGGUGGACGACCUGCUCUCGUCCUUCGGGCCCGUGCGCGACUGCUCCAGAGACAACGGCGGCUGCAGGAAGAACUUCAAGUGCGUGUCGGACCGGCGAGUGGACUCCUCAGGCUGCAUGUGCCCUGAGGGACUGAGACCGAUGAAAGAUGGCUCGGGUUGCUAUGACUACUCGAAGGGCACAGACUGCUCCGACGGCUUCAACGGGGGCUGUGAGCAGCUGUGCCUGCAGCAGCUGGUGCCUCUCCCUAGGGACCCCACCUCCAGCAACGUGCUCAUGUUCUGCGGGUGCGUGGAGGAGUACAGGCUGGCUCUGGACGGGCGUACCUGCGUGUUGCAGUCCGAGGUUUGUGAGGGACCGGCCUGCCAGCGCCACGGCUCCCGCUUCAACGACACCCUCUUCGGAGAAAUGCUGCAUGGCUACAACAACAAGACCCAGCAGGUGCAUCUGGGCCAGGUGUUCCAGAUGACGUUCAGGGACAAUAACUUCAUCAAGGACUUCCCCCAGCUGGCCGAUGGGCUGAUGGUCAUCCCGCUGCCCGUGGAGGAGCAGUGCCGAGGGGUUCUGUCUGAGCCUCAGCCCAACCUGCAGCUCCUCACAGGAGAUGCUCAGGUCAACGAGGCGAUGGGAUAUCCCAUGGUGCAACAGUGGAGAGUCCGCAGUAACCUGUAUAAGGUGAAGCUGAGCUCCAUCACGCUGUCUGCAGGCUUCUCCAAGGUGCUGAAGGUGCUGAACGCGGAGAGCUCGCGUGAGGAGCUGCUGUCCUUCAUCCUGCAGUACGGCAGCCAUUACGUGUCCGAGGCGCUGUACGGCUCCGAGCUCACCUGCACCAUCUACUUCCCCAGCAAGAAGGUCCAGCAGCAGCUCUGGCUCCAGUACCAGAAAGAGACCACGGACCUGGGCAGCCGCAGGGAGCUGAAGUCCAUGCCCUUCAUCACCUACCUGACCGGCCUGCUGGCCGUGCAGCGCCUCUCCGAGGACCACCUGGUGUCGGGCGUGGAGAUCCGCUGCGAGGAGAAGGGUCGCUGCCCCUCGGCCUGCCACCUGUGCCGCCGGCCCGGCCUGGAGCAGCCCAGCCCCACCCCCGUCCUGCUGGAGGUCACCCGCAUCGUGCCCCUCUACAGCCUGGUGCAGGACAACGUCACCAAGGCGGCUUUCAGGAGUGCCACCAUGAGCUCAUACUGGUGUGCGGGGAGAGGUGACGUCAUCGAGAACUGGUGCCGCUGCGACCUGAACGCGUUCAGCAAGGAGGGCCUGCCCACCUGCAGCUCCCUGCGCCAGCCUGUCCUGCGUCUGGCCCCACACCUGGAGCCCUCCAGCACCAUGGCAGCCCUGGAGUGGCUGGACGUGGAGCCCCUCAUCGGCUGCAAGGUGUCCGACUACAUCAUCCAGCACAAGAAGGUGGAGGACCCAUCCGAGGCUGAGAUUUACACAGGGGAGGUGCUGAGUUUCUCUGAUGACCUCCUCUCGGGGCUCGGCUCCUCGUGCAUCGCGGCGGGACGGCGGCAUGGUGACCACGCCCACUCCGUGCUCUACUCCCUGGUGUUCAAGUGCUUGGAGCCCGACAGCCUCUACAAGUUCACGCUCCACGCGGUGGACAGCCGAGGACGGCGCUCUGAGUCCAGCUUCGUCCUGGUCAGGACCUCCUGCCCCCUGGUGGAUGACAUCAGAGCGGAGGAAAUCGCGGACAAAGUCUACAACCUGUACAACGGCUACACCAGUGGGAAGGAGCAACAGACGGCCUACAACACCCUGAUGGAGAUCUCCCCACCCAUGCUGUACCGCGUGCAGCACCACUACAACUCCCACUACGAGAAAUUUGGCGACUUUGUGUGGAGGAGUGAGGACGAACUGGGCCCAAGGAAGGCGCACCUGAUCCUGCGCAGGGUGGAGCGGAUCAGUGCGUACUGCGGGGGGCUCCUCCGCAGCUCGUCCAUCCAGAGUCGGACAGACACGGUGCCGUACGUGCUGUGCAGGAGGGAGGACGCGGCGCCCGGCGCCUCGCUGUGGCACAGCUCCCUGCAGGAGACCCGCGCCUCCUGCACCGAGAAACUCAUGUCCGUGCCGCGCAACGCCUACGGGGACGCCAAGCUGCGAUGA